AUGAUUCCAACCGGCCAGUUUUUUCCAAUUCCCCGGCGUUCCCUUCACAUCAGUCUCGCCCUCGCCGCACUUUGUGCGCUUCUCGCGUUCACUAACGGCACGGCCUCCGCGGCAGGGGUGGAAGAUGUCGACUGGGAAAGUCUUCCGAUUACCAAUCACAGAGAUCUACAAGCGGUCGACAACGACGGACUAAGGGCCUUUCCAACGAAUGUCUUUCCGAUUCGCCUGUUCGGCGUGCUGCUUAACAACCCCGCAGACAUGCUCGACUCCACCCCGUUCGAGCCUAACCCGGUGCCUUUCAAUCUUGGCGCUUCGUGGCAGGUGUUCGUGCAAGCGAUUGAGCCCGACGAUUUCGGUGGCACUGCCGUGUUCAUGGGUCAGCACUACGGCAAUGUCCCACCGAACCUGGAGUUCACUCCCGCCCCGACUCCCGAUCCGUCUCGCAGCUACAGCAAUGCCGACUGGCUUGAUGAGAUCACUCGUGUUUCGAUGGAUCGCGAGACCGGUCAUGUGUUUCAGGCCGGCGAUCUCGUCGAGAUCCACGCCCAGGGAGCGCUCUACUUUGGAGGCAAAACCAACGUGAACGAAGAACACUUCAUCGAGUCGGAACUCGACUUCGAAUUGAAGCUGAUCACCCCAGGCUACGGUUUGCCGACCCCGACUUCGCUGACUUUGGCCGACAUUUGGGACGAAGCAGAAGAUUCUGUGCUGUUCGAUCCGACUCGGGCCGCGGGUGGCGAACGCUACCAGGGCGAACUGGUUGAAUUGAUGAAUGUGCAACUCGUCGACGACCCGAUUUUGUGGGGCCCCGACUCGUUGCUGACGGUGGCCGACGCCGAAGGACGCGAAUUCUCGCUUCACCUGGGUCUCGACGAUGGCUUCUCGGGCGCUGCUCCCGAGGGCUUCUUUUCUGCGGUCGGCAUCUUCAACCAGGAAGGUGGAGGAACUGCUGGGUACGAGUUGUGGGUGAUGGAUCCUUCCAACAUUACCGUGGUCCCAGAACCAACGACAUUGGCGCUCGCCAUCAUGGGCGGAUGUGGCUUGCUUGUGCUCGGGAUGAACAGCGACACCUCUCCACUACGUGCUGCUUUCACGCUAAUCGAACUCCUGGUCGUCAUCGCGAUCAUCGGCAUCCUGACCGCCUUGUUGAUCCCAGCGGUGCAAUACGCGCGUGAGGCAGGACGCCGCGCGCACUGCACCAACAACCUGAGGCAGAUUGGGCUGGCGAUCACCCAGUAUCACGAAUCGCAUCAGUCUUAUCCUCCAGGCAAUGUGACUCGUAGUGCUGGAAUUUGCUACGGUGGGGGCCCUGGCACCGAAGGGUAUCCUUCGGAAGACGGUGCGAACUGGUGCCUGUCGAUACUCGUGUUUCUGGAAGAAAAGCCACUGUUCGAACAGUACGACUUCGAGGACUUCAACGAAGCGGUCCAGAAUCGAGAAGUUCGCGAAAAACCACUCCCGGUGUUCGCUUGCCCUUCGGAUAUCUCGACCAGCGACCUAUUGGUUCCGGCCACCGGCCCCGCUUCUCCCUAUGCAUUAAACUUGAUGUAUCGCCCAGGUUCGUAUCGCGCGGUUGCUGGGCGGAGUGACGGAAUACGGUUUCUCGACUCGGCCGAGUUGGGCGACUUUGCACGUGAGGACCGGGGACCGAUUCACACCAUUGGCUUGUUGGACUUCACCACCGAAAGUAUCCGCCACAUUCGCGAUGGUACUUCCCAUACGCUCAUGGUAGGCGAAAGCACGACCCGAACUUCACUUCCGUUCCGCACUUUUUGGGCCUAUGCGUAUGCGCACUACAGUCUUUCGACUGUGACUCCACAGGCCCGCACUUUGUUGGCAGACUACGACGAGUGCAAAGCCCUGGGAGGAUAUGGUGGCUCGCUACCGUGCCGACGAGGUUGGGGAAGCCUGCAUUCUGGUGUGAUCAAUUUCGUCUACUGCGAUGCCUCAGUGCAUGUGAUCAGUACGGGUAUCGAUAUGGAAGUGCUGCAAGCCAUGGCCACGAUCGAUGGCGGAGAGGCCGUUAUUCAAGCCCCAUAA